AUGUCUCUUUCUGAAGAGGAGAAGGAUGCCUAUCAUCGUACUGAGGAUCAGAAAAUCAUCGAAACAAUUGGGGAUUUUGAUCCUUCGAAGAGGAGCAUGCUUCCGAUUGCUCUCGCCGUGUGUCGAGAAGAGGACCGACUCGAUAUCCGCAGCGCAAGGGAUCUCCUAGGUAAUGAACCAGACCUCAAGGUCGCAUUGGAGAAAGCGUGGAUCAAGAAAGAGUUCAAGGAUAUAAGGAAUCGAGAUAUAUUACGCCUUCCGAGUCAAAUUAGAGAAACUAAAGAGAAAUCUCAGUCGCAUAAGGAAUUAGUGGUCAAGUCAGCUUGGAAUAAGGGAUACACAGGGGAAAUGCACACACUUCUCUUCGACAAUAUUAAUGCCAUGAACCGCCGCUCAACUUACUCUGGCUUUGCAUUGAUAGUCCAGAGUUCGGGCACGGGGAAGUCGCGGAUGGUCCACGAACAGGCUAAGCUCGUCUUCACUCUCCCCUUCAAUUUGCGCAACGUAUUCACUGUUUUGAAAUCCUUUGGAAAAAUCUAUCAGCUAGCCGCUGAACAACUCAGCUCGCUGCUGAAUGGUGGCCGAAUGAAGCGCCAAGAACUUGCCGAGUGCUGGUACGAUUCUCUUCAGGCUAAAGGAAACCGUUCAACGCUUUAUGAAGCUGCCCUAAAAGGUACCAAGGAAUACCUAUUACACUCGGUAUCCUCCUGCAAGAACGAUGGGGAAGAUAUCAAGUCGAAAACGAAGGAGUGGCUUGUUAAACUCGUCGGAACCAUCACGGAACAUAUAACUGAUGACGUUCCGGAUGAUCAAUGCGUGAAGGUUAUGCUGUACUUUGAUGAAGCUCACACAUUAAUACCUUCAUCUGACCAGGAGCCACAGAUCAAUGUUCUUGAAGUACUGCAGUCGUGUCUGGCUGAUACGCAUAGGAGAGCCCAUUUUGCCUUGUUCUUGUCGACGGUGUCCAAACUACAAGACUUUGCACCUGUACAGCACCUGGCCAACUCUGCACGUGCUCGAGCGCCCGGCCCGCUCCAGGCACCGAUAACAGAGGUGCCGUUCGAUUGCUGGUCAGGCCUCCCAAUUUGUCCCCACCUUUACAAAUUGGGUGAUCUUUCGAAAAUUAGGUUUAUGGCUCGGUUCGGUAGACCUCUUUAUUGGGCUCUACUGAACGAGUUGGUUCCUGACAGUGAGGAAAUAAUGUUGGAUUUGAUUCGAGCCAAGAUUGUCGGUCGCAAUGUUCCUGAAAAACUACCGCCAGUAGAGAAGCAGCUGAAGGAAAUAAUUGUACUUUUAGAUGUGCGGCUCUUGCUUGAUUACGAGCUAUACCGUGACAUGACUAUCAAUCACGAGGCCAACCUGGUGGCGAGCCACAUGCGUAUGAAUUACUCCGUCCCAGAAACUCGAGAGUAUCUUUGCUCUAGCUAUUCUUCCGAGCUGGGAGUUCAGCCGAAGCUGCCUCUUGGAUCUGGUAUAAACUCCCAAGUUUACAAAAAUCUUGCCAAAAAGACUGCUCCAAGGGCAGUACAGUCAGUCCAGAUUGUUGAGAGAGGUUCACAUUCUACUGCCAAGAGACAAAAACUAGACCAUUUAGAUACGCCGUCGAAGAUUCACGUUAUCAAAGGAGGGAAAAUUUGCCAUCACCACGACCUUCAUCCCCGUUACAACAUCUUUGCUUACGGCUGCUCGAGUACCGUUUAUAACCUGUUGGACCCUAAAAACGCAAUGAAUGUUGAUGAGGAAGAUGAGGGAGGUCAACUGGCUGGCUUCGUCGUUACGGGUUCCAUGGAGGAUACUGACACAUCGGCCUAUGACGAUGUGUUUGAGACUUAA